CCUUGACAAGAGAACAUUGAAUAACAAGCGGAAGCGAAAAGCCAGAAAAGUUCGUCGAACAGCGACAAGUUUUCCUCGUACAUUUUCCCGCCAAAUGAGUCAGAAAAAUUUUGCAAGUGCUUCAUAAGAAAGAUAAAGACCUGAAAGAACUUGAAAGUGCAAGCAGUGAAUGGAAUAAAAUAUUCCAAAAUUAAAAAACAAGCCAGCUUUAAAAAUAUAUACCAGCUUAGUGUCAUAUAUUUUUUAAAAAAUUAUACAAAAUUUAAAAUUUAAUAUUUUGUAUAAAAUCAGCCACCGCAAUGGCCAUCGCCUAUUUCAUACCCGACCAGGCCCAGUUGUUGGCCAGAAGCUAUCAGCAAAGCGGCCAACAGGCAGCAACGAGUCCUAGGACAACUGCAACACCUGCUGCCCCACCACAACAGCCGCAACAAUCGCAGCAACAACAGCAGCAGCAGCAACAGCAUCCUCAAUUCCGUGCCAAUAUAUCCGUGCCACUAGGCAGCCAACAGGGAUCGAUGACCAUGUCGGAGUUCGGAUGCUGGGAUCUUCUGGCCCAGAUCUUCUGCUACGCCCUGAGGAUCUAUAGCUACAACUCCAGCCAGCGACGCCCGACGGUCAUACAGAUAUCCUUCGAAAUCAGCAGCGGCAGUCAGGACAACGAUGAUGACGAUGUGACCGAUGCCACCUCCAAGGAGAACUAAAUUUGGUUUCCAUUUUUCAUCCGGGUGGAAGGAAAAUCUUUGGGAUUUUCUGGGAAAGGCAGGCUCAAUCAAAGCGCAUUGUGAUUUCUUUUUUGGGUAUGGACACACGAGGAGGAGGGAGUUUUGUAAAAAAUGGGAUAUUUCCACAACAAAAUAAGAAAACUAUUUUUAAACUAUUUUUGAGAGAGAAGAAAAUUCAAAAUUUGUCAUCGAUUUGCUUAAAGUGAUAUUGAUUGUUUGUUACUUUUUUGGAUGUCAAAUUUUCCCAUUUCAGUUGAAGGAAAAAAGGAAAAUGUUUAGAUUUGCAAGCAAAGGUUUCCCGGUUGGUUCAAAUACAUUAUUUCAUUACAUCAAAGGCAGCAAGAGAAAUAUCCUAAACUAGUUAAUACCGAACUACAGUACAGAACCAACAAACAAACAAAGAUGCAGCCGCAGCAACUUGAACAACAAAAGACAACAACUCAAUUGUACAAAAUAGUUUUUAAGCAAGCAGCAAAUUUUAUAUGUUUACAAAAAAUAAAGAAAAUAUUAAAUACAAAUGUCUACAACCUAGCCACAAGAAAAUAGAUUACAAAAACCGCCGAACAUAAAAUAUAAAAUGUAAACCAAAACGAAGCAAAGCAACACUCUUAAGCAAUUUUGAUACGAAUAAUCAAGAAUCUUACAAGUCGAAUUGUAUUUUACCAUUAUUAUUGAUUUUAGCAAAAUUCAAGAACUUUAUUUUACUUUUUGGCAUUGCAAGUUAAACAAAAAAAUAAA